CAGAUGUGGCGGAGGUUGCUAAUGCACUAGCAAACUCGCUUCCGUUUUAGGAGCCUUCUUUCAUGCGGUCGUUGGACUUGGAAGCGAUGAAUGCACCGAAAUUUUCGCAAUAUAUGAAUGCAGUGUGAUUGUGGCAGAGCUUUCCUGUUGUGGCCGACGUUGAAUUUACGGUAGGGAUUGAAUUCAAUUCAAGAGAGGAAAUAAUCAAGGCAAUGAAAGAUUAUACCAUCCGUAGAGGUGUAGACUAUCGGGUUUAUGAGUCGGAACCGACGACAUUCUAUGCUAAAUGUACACAAUAUGGCAAAGGUUGUGAUUGGCUGAUCAGGGUUACGAAAAUGCAGAAGAAGUACUGCUGGGAGAUAAGGAGGUACAAUGGUAGUCACACUUGUACCAGGUCGACAAUUUCUCAAGACCAUUCGAAACUGGAUUCCAAGACAGUUGCAGAAGCAAUUAAGCUGUUGGUAGAGGUUGACCAAUCUUUAAAGGUGAAAUCAGUCAUUGCGGAAGUCCAGUCGAAGUUCAAGAAAUUUUCAAUGCACCGCUGCACCCGACUUAUCUCCAAACAAAAUAGUCCCAAACAACAACAUUAUGUGACACUUUACAUACAUCUGAAUGUGAAUAUCAUCAGUCAACACUAUGCGAUCUUUCAAACCCCUAAACCAGGUCAAUUUUAUAAAGCUUCCUCUACAGUCUGUCUUCCUCAGUGCAACCCCAAACUGGUGCAAGCACUCGGCCUCCAUCGCCUCAAAACUGCUCAUGGUUGGUCUUGUAACCGGAAGACCAUUUGUCGACAGACCGAGAAUCAUUGCCACAUCCUCCAACGUCACUGUAUACUCACCAACCGGAAAAUGAAAUGUGUGAGUCUCAGGCCGCCAUCUCUCAAUAAGAGUAUUAAUCAUUGCUGACUGACACUAGAUUAC